AUGUCGUCCACCAGCAACGCCUCCAUUGACAAGUUCAACGGAGACAAUUAUGCAACGUGGAGCCGGUACAUGCGCGGUGUGUUUUUGACGAAGUCCGUCUGGCACGUCGUCAACCGUGAAGUGACUCCGACUUUCACCGACCCGCGAGCGUCCGAUGACUACGUCAAGGCAAGCAACAUCGCGUUUGGUAUGAUGCUGCUGCACAUGAACGCGGACUACCAUCAUGUGCUGGACAACUGCGAGGAAGCCUGGGUUGCGUGGACAAGUCUGAAGACGCUGUACGGUGGGUCGCAGAAGGCAGGACGCAUCUACCUCAAGCGGCAACUUUUCAGUAUCAAGAUGGCUGAAGGCGCGAACGUCAUGCAUCACUGCAACGAGGUCCUCAACAUCUCCGCCAAGCUUAGCGGCAUCGGUGCGAAGAUGGAAGACGAAGACGUUGCAAUUUGUCUGCUACUCAGUCUUCCGAAGAGCUACGAAAAUGUGGUGCUCAACAUGGAAAUGAGCAGCACCGAGCUUCGCACUCAAGAUGUGGUGAGAGUCCUGACGAAUGAGCAUGCCAAGCGUCAAGGAGAAAAAGGGACAACGACAGCGACUACGGUGAAGGCUGAAGAUGCAAGCAAGGCAUUCAGCGCCGAGCGUGAGCCCUACCAAUGCACGUAUUGUGGCAAGGUGGGACACACGGUGGAUCGUUGCUGGACAAAGCAGAAGAACGAAGGUCGGGGAGCCCGACGCGGCGGCAAUGGUCGUGGACGCGGGGCUAACAAUGUCCAGUGGGGACAUCAUGAUGAAGACAAUGGCUACGAUCGAGUGGCGUUUGCAGUCUCGUUCGAAUGUGGAGUUUCGACGAGCAAGGACGUGUCUGGAAUGUGGGCCGUCGACAGUGGUGCAACGCACCACAUUUGCCACGACAAGACCAAGUUCGCAAAUUUGGCAGAGCGCAAUGAGGGCGAACUCUUGGUGGCUGAUGGCAACAAGGUGGCCAUCAAGGGUGUGGGAACCAUCAUGGAAAAGGUGGUUCUGCCCAACGGUGAAGAGCGUGAGAUCGAAAUCAAGAACGCGCUAUAUGUUCCAAGUAUGAGCAAGAACCUGCUCUCGGUGCCACAGAUUAACAGCCAUGGCAAGUUUCAAGUCGUGUUUGACGGGUCCAAGAUGUAUGUGACUCUCAAGAACUCACAGCAAGUGGUGGCGACAGCGGAUCUCGUGGAUGGACUCUACUGGCUUCGGACGACUCAACGAUCAGCGAAUUUGACAACAAGUGGAACCAGUGGUGCCGAUCUACAUGCGAGAAUGGGUCAUGCUCCAGUCGAUGUACUUCGCAAGAUGAUCACGACCAACAUGAUCAAGGAUGUGCGAGUCCCUCUCAAGUCGGGUGGAGCAACUACAUGUCGAGGAUGUCAACAAGGGAAAAUGGUCCAAAAACCAUUUCCAAGCAACCGAGACAAGCGCAGCUACGAUACGUUUGAGCUACUUCAUCUGGACAUCUGCGGGCCCAUGGAAAAGGAUUCGCUCGGUGGCAGCAAAUAUUUGCUGCUGAUCAUCGACGAAGCCAGUGGAUGCAUGAAGGGCUUUUGUCUACGAGUGAAGUCCGAGAGUGAAGACUACAUCCGGAAAUAUAUCACCAUGGUACAGACGCAAUUCUGUAAGAAGGUCAAGUUCGUGCGACACGACGGAGCUCGCGAGUUUGCAACCAACUCGCUUCAACUGUUCUACGAAGAAGUUUCGAAGGCAUAUCGUGUUUAUGACAUCGAGGCGGGGCAGGUGGUUAUCAGCCGCGAUGUCAACUUCGACGAGUCCACCUUUGGACUUCAACUGCCGAUCACUGAUGAAGAUGUCGAUGACCUGGACUUCGAAUUGCUGGAUCUUGAUGACGAAGAGCUGCGUCAAAUGGAGUACAAGCAAACAGGCAAGCGCAAGAACCGACUCAAUGAUGAAGAUACAGCAGCUCCACGACCGCGUGCAGUGCGUCAACGACCAGGACUAGAAGAGUCAAGCGCGCCGGAAAACAACUCGUCACGCCAAGAAGAAGACGAAGAAACGAAGGAUUCUGGUGAUUCAACACCGCCUGUGUUUUGGCGUGCGAGUGCAAAUGCCGUUGAAGCAGCAGUGGACUUAUCAGAACCCUCAACAUUUGAAGCAGCAGUAAGCGGCCCUGACCAAGUGCACUGGAGAAAAGCAAUUCAUGCAGAGCUCGAGUCAAUGCGACUUCGCGGUGUGUUUCGUGCAGCCAAGCUGCCCAACGGACAACGCGCCAUUGGCACAAAAUGGGUGUUCAAGAUCAAGCGCAAGGCGGAUGGGUCAAUCGAGAAGUACAAGGCACGACUUGUGGCCAAGGGUUUCCGCCAAAAGUAUGCAUCGACUACACGGAGACGUUUUCGCCUGUGGUCAACUUUCCUGUAUGGCGUCAUGAAGGAACAAGUGUUCUGCGUGAUUCAUGAAGGCGUCGAACUUGACAUGCCAGGCUUCGACCCAUGUCUCUACAUCAAGACUUCGGACGGCCAUUGCGUGUUUAUACUGGUCUAUGUGGAUGACGUGUUGGUGACAGGAAGCUCACCCAAGUUGAUUGCACACACCAAGGAAGACCUGAAGACACGCUUCGAGAUGACUGAUAGCGGCAAGUGUGCAUUUGUUCUUGGAAUUGAGCUUUUGGACGGUGAAGAUGGCAGUGUGACACUAUGUCAGCGUCGGUAG